AUGCUGCUCCGCAGGCUGCCGCGAGCUCCGGCCCCGCCGCGGCGGCUGCGGCCCCGCCCUCCUCCCGCCGCCGCCGCCGCCGCCGCCCGCUCCGUGGUGACCUCCGUGCCGCUGUCCCACGGGGAGGAGCGGGGCCGCGCGGACCGGGCGCCCCUCGUGCUGCUCCACGGGCUCUUCGGCAGCCGCGCCAACCUGCACGCGGUGGCCAAGGCGCUGGUGCGCGGCGGCAGCGGCACGGUGCUGACGCUGGACGCCCGGAACCACGGCAGCAGCCCCCACAGCCCGCUGAUGACCUAUGAAGCGAUGAGCCUGGACGUGCAGCACCUCCUGACUCGCCUGGGCAUCACCAAGUGCAUCCUGCUGGGACACAGCAUGGGGGGCAAGACGGCCAUGACCCUGGCCUUGCAGCGGCCAGACCUGGUGGAGCGCUUCAUCUCUGUCGACAUUGGUCCCACCUCAACCGCACUCGUCUCUGAGUUCUCUGCCUACAUCUCUGCCAUGAAGUCAGUGAAGAUCCCAGAUGGUCUGUCCCGCUCUGCAGCCCGCCAGCUGGCUGACCAUCACCUGCGUCCAGUGGUCCAGCAUGCGCAGCUGAGGCAGUUCUUGCUCACCAACCUGGUAGAGGAGGAGGGCCACUAUGUCUGGCGGGUGAACCUGGAUGCUAUUUCCCAGCACAUGGUAGAUAUCAUGAAUUUCCCCAUCUUCCACAAGCCGUAUCCUGGCCCUGCACUCUUCCUGGGAGGAUCUGAGUCACGUUAUAUCAGGUCCCAAGACUACCCAGAGAUCCAGCGCCUCUUCCCCAAAGCUGAUAUCCAGUACAUUGCAGGGGCAGGCCACAUAGUCCAUCAGGAUAAAUUUGGGGAAUUCAUCACUGCUGUCCUCAAUUUCCUGCCACCACCGUAGCGCUGGGACCAGAUUCCUGCAAGCCCCAUGUGGGUCCUGAGAUGCUCCAGGCAGUGCUGCAGGGCUCUGGGCUCUGCGAGGAGGGAUUCAGCCUGUGCUGGCUGCCCACCUGCAGCCCAGUCCUUUGCCUGAACUUGGAACAGAGAGGCACAUCCAUGCCACUGAGCUCUCCUGUCACCUUGCAGGGACAGGGGGUGACACAGGCCAGGGACACUGCCCUGCCUGCGCAGCUUGUCCUGUCUGCACUGGCUUCACUGGGGUACCUCAAGCACUGGGCAGGGGCAGGAGAACCCUCUUGUACUGCUGCCAGACCACUGGUGAUCUGGCUGUUGACUUUGCAGAACAUGCAAUAAAGCUGAAUCCGUGCCAAGGCAGAAAA